GAGCUGUUUCCGGUUUCACACCGUUCGAAACUCGGCUGAAGAGAACAAAUUUUCAUCGGGUGUUCUCACUUCUCGCGAUGGUGAAUCUCUAGAGCCUGGUCUCCAUGGACUGUGCGAGUCUAGUGACCUAUUUGCACAGAACGGCACUACGAAUCGAUUAAAAGAAACGGCGACUGCACCGUGCACGUGUAUGAUUACUGAAGAGUAUUCAUACACGUGGUUACCGGAAAUGGUUAGCGGAAAUGAUUACCGGAAUAUGGUUACCGGAAAGCAAAGACCCAGCGACAUUCUUUGAGGGAUGGCUCUGCCGGUCGGGAGCGGCGCUCCGCAGGUGGACCGGCGGGCGGGGGCCGACCCGGUUACCUGCGUAGCACACCUGUGCUCUGCGCAUGCGCGCUGCCGGGGACGCUUUCAAAAUUUGUUUACGACAGCCAGUCUGGCGAGUUGGCGAAGCGGGGUGGAGGCGGCGGACUCGGAUUUCCGGAGGCUGUGAUCUCGCGGUGUGCAGGCUGCUGGCGGUCGCGGUGUCACCGCUCGCCGAUCGUUUAGUGCCGUGUGGCCGCGGGCGGCGCGGCUAGCGUCCGCUGGCUAGUUGGGGUCGCCGGCGGGGCCGACAUGGGUCGCGACUGAGCGGACGGCGGCGACCGCGCAGCGCUCCUGGCCGCCGAGUGACAUGUGGAAAUGCUCUCGGGAGGCGCGCGCCGCGGCGAACCAGCCCACUGGAGUGUCGUACUGCGCGAGACGGUGCUGACUGCCGACCCGGAGCGGCUCUACAUCGAGAUAGACGGCGGCUCGGAGGAGGGCCAGUUCGGCUGUGUGGGCGCCGUCCAGCACGAGCGGGUCAACUACAUCUCGGGCCGACUGGAGCCCGGAGAGGUGCUGGUCGAGGUGCAGGGACAGAAGGUGGGCGGCUACACCCGGCGGGACAUCACCACCUGGCUGAAGCACUGCUGCAGGAGCGGCUCACCAGUGGUGAUUAGGACGGCGCGGCUCGGUCCAGGUUCGCUGACGCGUGACCUGAGGACGUACCUCAACACGCGCUUCCAGAAGGGCUCCGUGGACCACGAGCUGCAGAACACCAUCCGCGACAACCUCUACCUGCGGACGGUACCGGUCACCACGCGCGCACCCCGCCCUAACGAGGUACCCGGCGUCGAUUACACCUUCCUCUCGCUGUCCGAGUUUCGGGAUUUGGAGCGGUCCGGCAAUCUACUCGAGAGCGGUGUAUACGAAGGUAACCACUAUGGCACCCCGAAGCCGCCGGCCGAGCCGAGCGCCGGUCGCCAGCCGCUGAGCGGCGACAUCAUCCUCCCUGGCCGGCACCCCAACAGCGAGGGGAAGCGGCGCAGAAACCGAUCCAACGUCGAGGCCAUGGCUGCCAAGAGCGCCGACCCGGAGCCGCGCGGCUCGGACGGCCCGCCGCACCAGCACCACCAGCAGGCACCGGAGUACCCGGCGGCGCCCCAGAGGCCGGACGGGCCCAGUAUGAACGGCGGCGGCCCGUCGGAGUCGUCUCACCAGCCGACGUGGAACGGCGCCGGCGCCCCGACCGACCUCGGUCCGCUGCCCGAGAACUGGGAGCAGGCCUUCACCGAGUGCGGCGAGCCCUACUUCAUCGAUCACAGCACGGGCACCUCCCACUGGCUGGACCCGCGGCUGGCGCUCGUCCAGAAGAAGUCCCUCGAGGACUGCGACGUCAACGAACUGCCGUACGGUUGGGAGCGAAUCGACGACGCCACCUACGGCACCUACUACAUCGACCACGUCAACCGACGCACUCAGUACGAGAACCCCGUGCACGAGGCCAAGCGGCUCCAGGAGCAGGGUGACCAGCACUCGGAGCCACCGCCACCCCCGAGUGAACCGCCCCAGUCGGUACCGCUGUCCCAGGGACCGACCUCGGACGGCCACCGGGACCUGGAGCCCCCGGCGGGCGCCCAGCCGCCGCCGGCCAGGGCCAACGGAAACAGCGGUCGUCCAUUCUUCACCCGUAACCCGGCCGAGCUGCGCGGCGCCAUCUUGGAGACGACGCUCCAAAAGUCGCCGCGCGGCCUCGGCUUCACCAUCGUCGGCGGCGACGACGGCGAGGAGGAGUUCCUGCAGAUAAAGUCCGUGGUGCCCAACGGGCCGGCCUGGGUCAACGGUCGGCUGAGAACCGGUGACGUGUUGGUGUACGUGAACGGCCAGUGUGUGCUGGGCUACACGCACCAGGACAUGGUGCACAUGUUCCAAACGAUCGCCGCCGGCGAGCUGGUGCAGCUACAGGUGUGCCGCGGUUACCCGCUGCCAUUCGACCCCAACGACCCCAACACGGAGAUCGUCACCACCAUGGCCGUGUCGGCGGCAGACACCCAGCCGCAGGGCGGGUAUCCGGUGGGCGGCGCCGACCGACCCCGCUCCCCCACCGGCUCCGAUCAGGAGAGCACCUCCAAGUCAAUGCCGGACCUGAGCGGUACAGAGAGAACCCGGGACGAGCGGCCCCGACCCGGCUCUGCCGACCUGCUCGCCGCCGAGAAUGUGCCACCGACGGCGCCCAAGCCGCGCUUCCUGACGGUGCCAAUCGUGAAGGGAGAGACCGGUUUCGGUUUCACGAUCGCCGACUCUGCCUACGGUCAGAAGGUGAAGAAGAUCCUGGACCGCGGCCGCUGCACCGAGCUCCAGGAGGGAGACAUCCUCGUCGAGAUCAACAACGUCCACGUCAAGGCCAUGCCGCACACGGACGUGGUACAGGUGUUGAAGGACUGUCCAGUUGACCACGAGGCGACGGUGACGGUGCAGCGCGGCGGCUCUCACUCUCCCACCAAACCCAAGACCAAGCGUAAGGAGGACGCUGCGCGCCGGCCGCCCAUCUCGGGCCAGUACCGCAGCAAGACGCCCACGGCUGAGCUGUACAGCACGCGGCCCAGGGAGGUGAUCCCCAGCCGGCCCAAGACGCCGCUGGUGGACACGCGGCGUGCGCACACACCCUCGUACGGCGAGCUGCCGGGCCCGGCGCCCUCCGCCGACCCGCGGCUCACAUUCGACUCGCGCGGCGCCGGCGGACCGGGCGGCGGACCGGCGCCGACCGACCCGCGCUACGGCGACUACGGCGCAGACCACUCCGGCUUCGGCUACGGCCGGCCGAACGGUCCCGGUCCGCCGGGGCCGGGGCCGGGCCGCGCCGACCUCAGCGCCCAGUUCGGCCGGCUCGGGCUCCACUCGAGUUACGACGAGCGGGACCUGGAGUCCCGCGGCUACCCGCCCGAGCCGGCCCGGCAGUACGGCGGCGCGCCGUUCGCCCCCGAGGGCUACUACAGCCAGCAGCCGGCGCCGCGGCCAGCGGACGCCGGCUCCUUCGACCACUACCCUCCCGGAGACCAGUACGGCGGGUACGGCCAGUACGGCGGCCACGGCGCCGUGCCCGGCGGACCCGGCUCCGACCAGGCCGGCUCGGACCGCGGCGCGCGCAGCCGCAAACAGAGCACGUCUUUCGAGCACGAGCAGCCGGCGCCAUCGUCGGUACCGCGCGGCCCGCGGCCGGCCGGGCCGCAGCAGUACCUGGAGAUGGCCGUCACGCUGAUGAGGCACCAGUCCGGCUUCGGGUUCCGCAUCGUCGGCGGCACCGAGGAGGGCUCCCAGGUGUCGAUCGGGCACAUUGUUCCGGGCGGCGCGGCGGACGUGGACGGCCGGCUGCAGACCGGAGACGAGAUCAUCUACGUGGACAACCAGCUGGUGGUGGGGUCCUCGCACCACCUGGCCGUGCAGCUGAUGAGCCAGGCCUCGGCGGCCGGCCGCGUGCAGCUCGGCAUCCGACGGCGACUGGCGCGGCACGACGCGCUCAACCGCAGCCAGGAGCAGCCGCCGUACGAGGUGACGGUGACACGCCGCGAGGGCGAGGGGUUCGGCUUCGUCAUCAUCUCGUCGGUGAGUCGGAGCGGCUCGACGAUCGGUCGGCUGAUCGACGGCAGUCCGGCGCAGCGCUGCCGUCAGCUGCACGUCGGGGACCGGAUCCUGGCCGUGAACGGAGUGGACAUUGCCGGCCUGCACCACGGCGAGAUAGUGAACCUGAUCAAGGACAGCGGGUACCGGGUGGUGCUGACGGUCGGCGCGCCGCUCGACGACUCGUCCAGCACAGCGUCCACUUCGCAGAAGGGCGACAUGCCGCCGACAGCCGGCCACCUGACCAACUCACUGGGCCGUGACGUGACGCCCGAGAGGGACCUGUCGUCACGAGAUGUUACCUUCGACAUGGACGAGAGUCUACAGUAUCCGCUCAGACGGGAUCCGAGAGACCAAGACCACACUGGAAAUGGAGACAGGAGAGUCAACUACCCCUGGCCACCGGAGGGCGAGGAGUACCACCCGAUCGAGGGCGGCGGCGGUGGCGAGGACGAGUUUCACGGCAUCGAGCUGAGCCGCGGCUACCGGGGCUUCGGGUUCUCGAUCCGCGGCGGCCGAGAGUUCCACAACAUGCCGCUGUUCGUGCUGCGGAUAGCCGAGACCGGACCGGCCGCACAGGACGGACGGCUCAGGGUGGGUGACCAGAUCAUCCAGAUAAACCACGUGAACACCAAGGACAUGACGCACGGCGAGGCCAUCGAGCUGAUCAAGCAGGGCGGCUCGGUGGUGCGCCUGCUGGUGCGGCGCGGCGGCUCCAUACCCCAGGCGAUCCUGGACCAGGCGGCCUCUCAGGCGCCCUCCACGCCCACCUCGCUGGGCCCGCCGGGCCGCUCGUCCUCGUCACUCUCUCAGCCGUACGGCGGGCCGGCCUUCUUCCCCGCCUCUCCGCAGCCGUACUCGAGCGGCGCGGCGGCGCCCGGCCACCGGCAGCACCUCACCAACGGCGACGUACCCGGCUACGGCCGCUACGCCGGCCACAGCGCGCACCUGGGCCACGGCGGCAUGGCGCCGCACGCCGGACACGGCGGACAUUUGGGGCACGGUGGACAUGGCGGACACGGUGGUCACGGCGGACACUCUAUGGGCCACGGCCCGCCGCCAGACGAGGCCCAUGCCUAUUGGAGCAGGCAGGCCAACUUGUAGCGUGUGUGCCCCCGCAGAGCGAGUGCCGAGAGAGUGACGAGUGUGCGGCGCGAGUGAGACGAGUGUGGCGCUGCCGCGCCGAGUGCGGCGCCCCCCGAGUCGGCCGGCGCGCCAGUGUUGGUGCUUCUGUUGUUGCGUGCGCCGCCGACUGCUGUUGCUCGGCCGUUUUGGUGCCGGCGUGAGACGCCGGCGGCUGUUACAGUGUGAGGAUGUUCCGGGCGUCUGCCGUUCGCCGUUUGUUUGCUCGGAAAAAGACAAUCCCAGCCUGAUCUGAGGCCAGCCAAGCCGCUGCCAUAUAAGGAGAUAGCCGCGGGCCAGUGAGGAGCACAGAGCGUGCGCCGAGCAAACUGUACAGAUUCUAGGCUAGGCUCGCUACAUCCCAGCAUUGUACAAAGUGCAUGAUCAAAGUUUACAUGAAGCACUAAUAAAGUACAGGUAUUUUGAA